AUGGCAGGAAUGUUAUUCGUUCUUUUUGCUGUCGCUGCACUUUUGACCUCACGGUGCUCCUGUGCUGGCCCGUCCUACCCUGAACUGAAUCCAGCACUAGGAAAGUACCAGAAUCCAUCUCAGUGCAUGCCGAUCCAAGAGAAGUGGUAUGCAGUGUACAGAAACUACGAGAAUGACCCAGCGUUUGGAGGGACGGCUAAAUGUGCCAAAUUUACCAGUCUGGGUCCCGAAGAGAAUGGGGUAUAUACCAUGUUAGUCCAGUUUACAGACACUUCAAUCACGGUAGUGACAAAUCUAACCUCCUAUGAAGGGUAUGAUGUGGACAAUCUUCAAUACUUUCAUGCCCUCGGUCAAGACGAUUCCGUCCUUUUGUAUAUUGCGUAUCUGGAUUGCCAGGAAUGCGUGGUGUUCAGAAACAGCUACAUCACUGACGACGCGUGCACUCUCCUCGUUCCUGAGAGCGCACUGGAAAAGCACACCUGCUGCGAUUUCAUCUUCGAUCUGCUCUGCGGGACAACGCCAAAGUACUACAUAUAUGACGAGAGCUGUGCAAACUGA